AUGAAUGAUGUUCUUCGAGAAUGCUUAGACGAGUACGCAGUCGCCUUCGUGGAUGACAUCUUGAUCUACAGUGAGAACGUCGAAGAUCACCAGCGACAGGUCAGAGAAGUACUCCGUCGUCUACAGAAAGCAGGGUUACAAGUGGCCCUAUCAAAAUCCGAAUUUUCAGUGAAGAAGACCAGGUUCCUUGGAUUCAUUGUGAGCACCGAUGGUAUAGCGGUGGAUCCAGAGAAGAUUCGUGUGGUCCAAUCAUGGACGAUACCGACCACAGUGAAAGGAAUACAGUCAUUCUUAGGAUUCUGCAACUUCUACCGACGAUUUAGUCAGGGAUAUAGUGCUAUUUCGAAACCAUUGCAUCGACUAACAAGACAAGAUAUUCCGUUCGAGUGGUCAGAGAAUUGUGAAAAGGCAUUCCAAACUCUGAAGAAGAAGCUAGUUAGUGCACCGAUCCUCCGGCACUACGAUCCAGUUCGACAAACCCGAGUUGAGACAGACGUAUCUGAUGGAGUUCUAGGAGCGGUGCUCUCCCAGUACUAUGAACAGGAAGAUUUCUGGCACCCGGUGGCCUUCUAUUCGAAAACAAUGCAACCCGCAGAGGUAAAUUAUGAAGUUCGCGACAAAGAGCUUCUUGCAAUUGUUCGUGCUUUACAGGAAUGGAGACCUGAACUUGAAGUCCUAUCCCAGGAGGAUCGUUUAGAGAUAUUCACUGACCAUCAGUCACUUGAGUACUUCAUGACAACCCGACAAAUGAACCAACGACAGGCGAGAUGGAAUGAGUUCCUAUCUCAGUUCCGUUUCGUGAUCAAAUACCGUCCCGGGAAGAAGAAUAUUAUUGCUGAUGUCCUAUCACGAAAAGAAUCUCCUUGUGUAGACAAUGGACGACAGUUUGUGAUGCUUCCGAAAGACUGUCUUGAAGAGGGAGUCUACCCAACUCAUCUGGCUCCUGUUCACUCAGAAGAAACAGAGACGAUUGGGAUCGUUGAACGGAUAAAGGAAGCCAACCGCCAGAGCUCAGAUUUAGACGAAUUCCGUCAGAUGGCGCAGGAUAGAGGCAAUUCCCGAUGGACAUUAUUAGAUGGAUUGCUUCUUUACGAAGGACGACUUGAGGUUCCUAAUGAAGGAGACCUUUGUGCCCGACUACCUGAUGAGAUACACCGUCAGCCGCUGACCGCACAUCCUGGUAUCGAGAAACUGAAGAAACUGGUAUCUACAAGAUAUCACUGGUUUGGAUGGGUAACAGACGUAAAGCGAUACGUUGAUGUUGAUAACUGUCUGAUCUGCAAACGCACGAAAACUUGGCGAGAUCGAACACCGGGAUUAUUACGGCCUCUACCAGUUCCUGAAAGAACCUGGCAGCCUAUCUCGAUGGAUUUCCGAUCAUUUCCGAAGGAUCGUCAUGGCUAUGAUGCUGUCCUUGUUGUGGUUGACCGACUGAGCAAAAGACCAAUAUCCAUCCCUUGUCACAAAGAUACGAACGCCAAACAGAUGGCCCGACUGUUUAUUGAUCAUGUCAUUCGAAUCACAGGGAUUCCAGAAACAGUUGUCUCCGAUCGUGGAGGUCAGUUUAUCUCCGAAUUCUGGAACGAAUUCUGUAGGAUCCUUGGAAUCAAAAGGAAACUAUCAACUGCACAUCACCCUCAGACGGAUGGACAGAGUGAGAUCGCAAAUCAGUAUAUGGCCCAGAGGUUACGGCCGUACGUUGAACAGAACCAGGAUAACUGGUCGGAAAUCCUACCGAUGGUUGAUUUCGCAGCCUCGAUUCUCCCCCAGGACACAACGAAGAAAUCACCUUUCUUUGUAGAAAGGGGAUACGAACCUUCGAUGACGUCUGACUGGAAAGACCAAGAGACACUGACUCCAAACGAGCAAGAUGCGGUGCAAAUGCUCUCCGAGUUACAGGACAUCUGGACUCAGACAAAGGAGCAAAUCGCGAAGUCGCAGCAAUUGCAGAUUCGUCAAGCAAAUAAGCAUCGUCGAGAAGAGGAUUUUGGAGUUGGUGACUUAGUCUUUAUCACAACAAAAGACUGGUUACAAGAUCGGCCAAGCAGAAAGCUUUCACACCUAGCCAGUGGACCAUACAGGAUCAUCGAAAAAGUAGGCAGUUCCUACAAGAUAGAUCUACCGGACGCGAUUCGAGUACACCCCAUCUUUCAUCCAAGUAAGUUGCGAAAGGCAGCUACAACGGAGCCCUUAGAAGGACAACAUGUGGAUCCGCCUCCACCGAUACAGGUUGGAGAGACAGACGAGUGGGAGGCCGAGAAGAUUUUAGAUGCCAGGACACAUUACCGGAAGCUACAGUGCAGAGUGCAGUGGUUAGGAAAUGACCUCGAUCUGCAGUGGUAUCCUGCCUAG